AUGGCCGCAGAUUUGAGCGCAGAGGAGAAAGCCACGCUGCUGAAAAACAAUUUACAAGAGUGGCUCGGUUGGGACGUUAUAGAAGAUGUGUUGACGAAAGGAGAGCGGCCAGUGUCAAUUUAUUGGGGUACCGCAACGACCGGCCGGCCACAUUGUGGCUACUUCGUACCGAUGCUGAAGGUCGCAGAGUUCCUACGAGCUGGCUGCCAUGUGAAGAUACUACUUGCUGAUAUUCAUGGUUUCCUUGACAAUCUAAAAGCACCAAUCGAACUCGUCGAAUUCCGGGCGAAAUACUACAAAUACGUCAUCACCGCGCUGCUGCGAGCCGUCAACGUCCCGAUAGACAAGCUCGAAUUCGUCCUCGGCAGCUCUUACCAGCUAUCCAAGGAAUACACCAUGGACCUCUUCCGGCUAAGCUCGGUCGUAACAGAGCAUGACGCCAAGAAAGCCGGAGCGGAAGUCGUGAAGCAGGUGGAGAACGCAACCUUGAGCGGGCUCAUCUACCCACUGAUGCAAUCGUUGGAUGAGGAGUAUCUGAAGGUCGACGUCCAAUUCGGCGGUGUCGAUCAGCGCAAGAUUUUCGCGCUGGCAAAGGAGGUGCUGCCAAAGAUCGGAUACAAAACGAGAGCGCAUCUUAUGAACCCGAUGGUGCCGGGACUCGCGGGCGGGAAGAUGUCGGCGUCGGACCCAGAUUCGAAGAUUGAUGUGCUCGAUCCUCCGGAGCUGAUACGCAAGAAGCUCAAGAAAGCCUAUGCGGCGCCUAAGGAGGUCGAGGGCAAUGGUGUUCUGUCGUUUUGCGAGUACGUGCUGUUGCCGGCUAGUGCGCUGCAAGAAGGGGAGGGCAAGUUUGUUGUGAAGAGAAGGGAUGCGGAGCCGCUCGUCUACACGAAUAUCAAGCAGAUGCAGAAGGACUACCGGGAAGAUAUCUUGAUACCACAAGAUCUCAAAGCAGCCGUCACCGAUGCCCUUAUCGUCCUACUCGAAUCCGUUCAAAGGGAUUUCCAAGCCUCACCGGAAUGGCAAGAAGUCGAAAAGAAGGCCUACCCGCCCGCCGAGCCCGAGAAGAAGAAAAAGCAGAAGAAAGACAGAGGCAGCAGGUACCCCGGCGCGGCGAAAGAGGUCGAGGCACAGCCGGACGGCAGUGUGGAGGGUAAGACGCAGGCGGAGGUCAGCUUGGACAAGGACGCUGCAGCGGCUUUAGAGAAGCUUGAGCUGGAGAAGAAGGCGGUAGAGGCGUAG